CGCCUUAUCUGCGCCAUCGUGCAACCUCGGAUAAGAGCAUGCGCUCUCCGAGUCAUUGAUUGAAAGAGAUAAACCGUCUUUUGUUUCGCCAUGUGGUCUUCGGCUCCCCGUCUUCUUCUCGGUCUCUAUGGGCUGUUAUCGGCCGUGGGAUCGGCUCGCGCCGAUGUUGAUUUCAUGAGUGUGAGGCCUAGUAUGGUCAAGGAAUAUACGGGAACAGGAGGGGAACCAGGAGAGAAAUACUUCAAGGAAUCAAGCUUUCAUUACCAUUAUGAUGGACGCUUCGCAGACGGACCUCUUCCUGAGGACAAGACUGUUCCACAUCUGUCAGAACUCAUCCGGACUUAUCUUUCGACAAUGGGAGACCUUGGGGUCGAAACAUGGAUAAUGCACGGAACUCUGUUGGCAUGGUGGUGGAACCAGAAGAUCUUUCCAUGGGACAACGAUCUCGACGUUCAGAUCUCCGAGCCGACCAUCCAUUUUCUCGCCGAUUACUACAACAUGACCGAGCACCACUUUGAUAUUCCCGGAGUGGAGGGUGGCCGAACGUAUCUCCUCGAAAUCAACCCGAACUAUGUUGUCCGGUCGACCGAUGACAAAUUGAACGUGAUUGAUGCCCGGUGGAUCGACACUUCUUCCGGGCUCUUCAUCGAUAUCACGGCGGUUCGCAAAGACGACGAGCGGAGGGCCCAUGGGGACCCUGGCUCGCUGAUGUGCAAGGAUGGCCACCGAUUUGAUGAAACCGAGAUCUUCCCGCUGCGCAACAGCUAUUUCGAGGAUGUCCCGGUCAAGAUCCCGUUCGAAUAUGUUCGGCUGCUCAAGAAGGAGUACGGCUCCAAGUCGAUGACGGCGUCUGUGUUCCAAGGUUAUCAUUUCAACCAGGUCACUCAAGUGUGGGAUAGAAUGAACUUGUCCUCAGCCCCAUCGUCCCUCUCUCCCAGGAACGGGUCUGACGUUGUUCCUGGCCCGCACACCACCCUCAACUCCCAUGCCGUCUCACAUUCUUCGCAGGACAGCUUGCGCAGCUGCAUCACCUGCCGUCGGAGGAAAGUUCGCUGCAACAAGAAAACCCCUUGCUCCAACUGCGUCAAGGCCGGCAUCCAGUGUAUUUUUCCCCCUCCCGGACGGGCGCCCCGCAAGAUUAAACGGCCGCAAGAUGCGGAACUUCUGUCUCGGUUAAGGCGUCUCGAGGGCGUCAUUGAACAUCUCAGUGAGAAGAAAACAAAUAGUGUCGCUCCGUCGUCCGAAACGCCCUCCCCACGGGUCCAGCAGCAGACCGAAAAUCCGCCCGCACCCGCAGUGCUGCCCCAAGCGCCUCAGCAUACCGGCGAUGCCGAUGGCUGCCCACUGCUGCUGGAUGCUUCCAAAUUGGAUCCCGCCGUACCCAUCGCACAGCGAAAUGUGGAGCACGAGUUUGGUCGGUUGGUGAUCGAGGAAGGUCGAAGUCGUUAUAUUGAGGAGCUCCAAGAUAUCCUAGAUCCAUCGUCCUCUGAUGAGGAAGAUUAUCCAUCUCCCGAGACAUCGUCCAGCCACUCAACGAACCACGACGGUUUUUUGUUUGGUUUCUAUUCCGUUUCGCACUCAUUACACGAGUUUCUCCCCUCCAAGUCCCAGAUUCCGACGCUAUGGAGUAUUUGGAUGGAUAAUGUGGCGCCGCUAAUACCCAUUGUGCACAAAGCGUCGGCCCAGCAAUUAUUUAGCACCGCUGCGCGAGAUGCGAGCAGCCUGGAUAAGAACUAUGAGGCACUGUUCCUUGCGAUGUGUUUGGUCUCUAUCGUCAGCUUGUCGCCUGAGCAGUGCUCUCUACGGCUAGGAGAAGAACGGGAUGCGGCGGUCAAGCGGUACCGUUUCGCGGUGGAGCAAGCGCUAGCCAAGGCGGACCUCCUAAAUACCCAGAACUUUACACUUUUGCAAGCACUCGUGAUCUUUCUGCUUGGAAUCCGUCGAGAAGAUGAUACCAAGUUUGUGUGGUCGAUGACGGCACUGGUCCUUCGCCUGGCGCAGGGACUCGGUCUCCACCGGGAUGGCACCAACUUUGGGCUGAAACCUUUUGAAACGGAGAUGCGCCGACGACUGUGGUGGCAUAUCUGUUUGCUGGAUAUUCGGUCGGCAGAGGAUCACGGAUCCGAUGCGCAGAUUCAUGAACGAUUGUACGAUACUCGCCUUCCGUUGAACAUCAACGAUGAAGAUAUUACGCCGGACAUGCAGGAGCCUCCUCAGGAACACGUGGGCUGGACGGAGAUGACCUUUUGCUUGAUCCGGUGUGACAUCGCGGUUGCGGUGCGCCGAGUGAGCUACGCCUGUCCGAACGGCCGAUUCGCUGCGGCCGCUCGGCACAUCGAUCCAGAUAACUGUGCUCGGUUGAUCCGGUCCAUUAAUGACCGCAUCGAAGAUCGUUAUAUCAAGCAUUGUGACAUGAACAUUCCCAUUCAAUGGGUUUGCGCGACCAUUGGUCGUCUCAUCCUGACCAAGCUGUGGCUGGUUAUCCAUCAUCCGAUGACCCGGCCUGAGCGUGGACUCAAGCUGAGCCAUGCGAACCGCGAGAGUCUGUUUGCCACGUCAGUCGAGGUCGUCGAGUUCCAGCGACUCUUGGAUGGGGAUGUGAAGACGUACAAAUGGAGCUGGUUAUUUGCCACGAACAUGCAGUGGCAUGCCAUUGCCUUUGUGCUGUCGGAGUUAUGUGUGCGCCCGUUAAGCCCGUUGACCGAUCGAGCGUGGAAAGCCGUGAGCACACUGUAUACCGAGUGGAUUAAGAACAGCAAGCAACGGAAGGGAAUGCUCUGGCGUCCUCUGUCCCGACUGAUGAAGCGAGCCACUGCGUUCCGGGCCAAGCAGGAGGAGAUGCAAGCGCAAAUGAGCUCCAGCAUGGGAGCGGUGCAGGAUAUCGCAUUCACCGGUCACUGUGGGCCGGUUGUACCCCGAGCGCUGGCGUUUCAGCCUUCACCCACCAGUCUGAAUGAUUCCGGCACGCUGGCUGAUACCGGCGGCGUGGACUUUGAUCUUCGCAAAGGGCCCAUGGGGGUAAUUGAAGAGUUAUUCCCUGAUACAGAUUGGCUGAACCCUGCCACGGCUGCCAGUCUCCAGCAGCCGACGAACACGGGCACAGACACGUCGAUGGACGUACUCGUGAGACCGAUGGAGCCGGAGACGCAGCCGGGGAUGCCGAACGGGAAUCUCAAUUGGGAGGAAUGGGAUCAGGUGAUGACGGAUUUCCAGACGGAUUUGCAUGCGGCGAAUACGCAGAAUCCGUAUGGCAACGUGCUGGACUGGCUGGCCUAGGGGAUGGAUGUACUCUUUUUUUUGUGAUACCAAGUUGGCCCUGGUGGCCGAGGUGCCUUGAAUUCUCCUCUCUGACCAAGAAGCUCUCCAUUCUAUGAUAGUAAUGAUGAUGAUGAUGAUGAUACUCCGGACUGUAACAGCUAUGUUCACCUACCUAAGAUAGAAUGCGAGCCUG